UCUUCUUGUCAUCGAGGAGGUGAGAACCUGAGAAUCAAAAAAGACAACAGAAGGUGGUAGCUCCAACUUCAACGACCAAAGAAGUUGGAUUCUCAAACUGUGACGAAAUUUCCUUUUGAAACCUUAAGUCCUUUCACUGAACUUUGUUCCGUGCAUCCAAUCUUUUUAUCUCCUUUAUUUCAUUCUAUGAGCUCCUACUUUUGUGGCUUCAUCCGCUGAAUUUUGUUAUUGCCUCUUCGUUUCGUUGAUUUUCUGAUUUUAGCUAUUUCUUCUGGCGAUUACUGCUGGGAGCCUCCAUGGGUUCUUCUUGACCAAAAACGAAACUUGAGUUAAUGAAGAUGCGCGAUGCUCUUAAGUCUUCAUUUCCUAUUUCUCAGUUUCUGUCGAGCCUAAAAUCCAUGGCUUAGACUCUGUAGAAUUCUGCAGUGUGUUGCCCUUGACAAUCCAUUAGAUUCCUUCCGAAGCCAGGCCAGAUCCUGUUCUUCAUAACUUUCCUUCCUUCGUCAUACUUAUUCUCACGUGAAAUGAAGCAUAAUUCUAAUAAUGAACUUGACUUGGAAAGUGGUAAGUUGGACAAGAACCAAGAGAGAACUAUACCAAGUGGCAGGGUAGUUAAAGUUCACAAUCAAGCCUUACUGUCUGGGCUUGCAUAUUGCUUAUCCUCGUGCAGCAUGAUAUUGAUUAACAAGUUUGUGCUUUCUAGUUAUGAUUUCAGUGCUGGGAUAUCGUUGAUGUUUUACCAGAAUUUCAUUUCAGUGAUUAUUGUUUCUGUGUUGAGCCUUCUGGGCCUAAUAUCAACAGAGCCCCUAACAUGGAGAUUGGUGAAGGUCUGGUUGCCAGUUAAUGUAAUAUUUGUUGGAAUGCUCAUUACAAGCAUGUAUAGUUUGAAAUUUAUUAACGUAGCUAUGGUGACUGUUCUGAAGAAUGUUACAAAUGUCAUAACUGCCCUUGGUGAAAUGUAUUUGUUCAAGAAGCAUCAUGACAACAGAGUUUGGGCUGCUCUAUUUUUAAUGAUCAUUUCAGCAGUAACUGGAGGGAUAACUGAUCUCACUUUUCAUGCAAUUGGCUACGCAUGGCAGAUAGUUAAUUGUUUCUUGACUGCAUCAUAUUCUUUGACUCUGCGCAAGGUCAUGGAUACUGCAAAGCAAGUUACAAAAUCUGGAAAUUUGAAUGAGUUUUCAAUGGUCUUGUUGAACAACACUCUUUCUUUGCCUCUGGGAUUGCUUCUGAUUUUUGUUUUCAAUGAGGUGGAUUAUCUCAUGAGAACACCACUUCUGAGAUUGCCUAGCUUUUGGUUAGUGAUGACCUUAAGUGGAUUUUUGGGGCUUGCGAUCAGCUUCACAUCCAUGUGGUUUCUUCAUCAGACAGGAGCUACGACUUACAGCCUGGUUGGUUCGCUAAAUAAGAUCCCUCUGUCAAUUGUUGGCAUCCUUCUCUUCAAAGUUCCCACUAGCUUGGAGAACUCUGCUAGCAUCUUCUUCGGUCUUCUGGCAGGAGUUAUUUUUGCAAGAGCCAAAAUGAGGGAGAAAUCUCAACCAUGAAAAACCCUAAAUUGCAUAAUGAUAACGUUUGCACCAGAGAGAACCCUUGUUCAUUUAUGGGAAAUUAUAUUUCUGAAUGAAGUGGAGGUUGAAAUCAUGCCUCUGAGAUACCAUCAAGAUAUACUAUCAGCUAAAUUGAUGGCCCUCUCUGUACAUGCAAUCACUUAAAUGGGGUUGUUUAAUGUACCCUUGUGCAUACAGGUACGGGACUGUGGUUUAACUUUUCUUUUUCACUGUGUGAAAAAAAUGGAGUGUGCAAGUUUCUGGUCCACGUUUUUGUGGAUCUUCUGGGGGGAUUGCAAUGAAUGACUCGCGUUGGGAGGAAAAAAAAUUGCCACAGCUUUUUCUCGGUCUGUUUCUGUAUAAUGUACCUACUCGUAUCCAUGUAUCAUCAAGAUUGGUUUAAUACGAAUACGAACACACUCUUAGUGGGGAAAGUGAAAA